GUUGUCGGGUUGAGGAGGAGUGCGGUUGGAGUGCGAGAGGGUCGCGGCCGCGAUGAUCUGACAGAUGAAAUAGCGAUUUAAAAAAAAAACAGAAAGACGGCGGGCGUCCUCCCACACAAAACAAUGUUCCCCAAAGGCAAAGGCACCCCGGUGCCGUCGGACGGCCAAGCGCGAGAAAAGUUGGCUCUGUACGUCUAUGAGUAUUUGUUACACAUAGGAGCACAGAAGUCUGCACAGACCUUUUUAUCAGAGAUACGAUGGGAGAAAAACAUAACACUCGGAGAACCCCCUGGAUUCCUGCAUUCCUGGUGGUGUGUAUUCUGGGACUUGUAUUGUGCUGCGCCAGAGAGGAGAGAGACAUGUGACCACUCCAGUGAAGCGAAAGCCUUCCAUGACUAUAGUGCAGCAGCAGCCCCCAGUCCUGUGAUGGGAGGGAUGCCCCCUGGUGACGGCAUGCCAGGAGGACCAAUGCCACCUGGCUUUUUCCAGGGUCCUCCUGGUCCCCAGGGCUCUCCUCACCCUCAGCCUCCUCCCCCUAACAGUAUGAUGGGACCUCACAGUCAGUCCUUUAUGUCGCCUCGCUUUGCCGGAGGCCCAAGAGGUCCCCCCAUCAGGAUGGCGAACCAGCCACCAGGCGGAGGACCGGGCCCUCAUCCCAUGUUGCCUAAUAUGGACCCUACGCGACCACAAGGCCAUCCUAACUUGGGGCCAAUGCAGAGAAUGAGCGGCCCCCGAGGCAUGGGCCCUAUGGGGCCUGGCCCUCAGAGCUUCGGUGGUGGGAUGAGGCCCCCACACAACACCAUGGGUCCUGGUAUGCCAGGAGUGAACAUGGGCCCAGGGACCGGUCGGCCAUGGCCCAAUCCCAACAAUGCCAACUCUAUGCCUUACUCAUCACCCUCUCCUGGUGCAUAUGGGGGAGCAUCUGGAGGAGGAGGACCCCCAGGAACUCCUAUCAUGCCCAGCCCUGCAGACUCAAACAACUCGGGUGAUAACUUGUACACCAUGAUCAACACUGGACCCGGCAACCGAAAUAAUUUCCCUAUGGGCCCCGGCUCUGACGGACCCCUGGGAGCCAUGGCUGGGAUGGAACCACACCACAUGAAUGGGUCACUAGGCUCUGGUGAUAUGGAUGGAAUGAACAAGAAUUCCCCAAACAAUUUAAGUGGCAUUAGCAAUCCUCCUGGGACCCCAAGGGAUGACGGGGAGCUGAGUGGAAACUUCCUCCACUCCUUUCAGAGCGAGAACUACUCUCCAACCAUGACGAUGAGUGUGUGACCCACCUCCACCCUGCCCAACAUUAUUUGCCAUCAUUCCGAGGAUUUGAACUCACUAUAGGACACGGCCAAACACAUCAGCACCGAAUCAGGGACAGGCGCCAUUUUGGUUCCACACUAACGUCAGAAUGCUGAUCGGAGAAAAAUCAAUACGGCUGGCGACUACUGCUCCUUGCUCAAAAUGAAGGACAAUUUCUCCAUUUAUCACAACCCCAAGUGUGACAAAACCAGCUACUGAAAAUGCAUACAUGACACGUUUUAUGUUCUUUGCAGAGCCCCCCUCCCCCCCCGCCCCUCCUCCCACCUCGCCCAUCCAACCUCCUCAGCCCUAGAGCGAAGAGGGGAAAAAAAUGGUUGAAGUUUACCUCUUGUACUUUUUAAUUAUUGCUUUGUGGUGCAAGAUGUGCAGGAAAUGUCUCCGCUUUUCGUCACUUAAAACACUGGAGAGUGUGCAUAUGCAUUGUGAGCUUGGAAAGUCUUUGUCUUGUCAUUUUACUUAUCGCCAUGCAUACUGUGUCACAAAAGUCAGUUGACAUAGGACUCAGAAUUUGCCUUUUACUGUGUGGCCACCUUUAUGAAAUGUAAUAUUCUUCCCGAUGCCCACCCUUCUAUUUAAGGAGGUUUUUAAGAGGACAAGAUGUGAAAGAAUACAGCUUUUUAUUGUGACGACCUUUCACAGUAUGUAAGUGCUCAGAUGGUUCUUACAAUGUCCAAUUGAUUGAUCCCAUUCGAUCAAUUUCAGUCUCUUACUGCUGACAGCGAUGCUACUCUCCGCUCUUUGCUGUUUCGUUUAAACAGCCCGGGUUGCUGUUGCGUUCUGUCAAGGGAAACCAGACUUCGGCAUAAGAAGAAGUGAGUGCAUGAAUGCUGAGAAUCUGUGUACAACAUACUACCUAGUGCUGCUCUUCUCUAUGUGGACACCUGCUUUAAGAUGUGGUGUAUAUCUCUUUACCUGCCUGUGCUUAACACUCUGUGCUCUUCAUCAUUGUAGCCUUCUGUGUUCUUUCCAGUUCGGUUGAUUAUGAUGAAACGGCUAUGAAUGAGCUGCCCAUUUUAAUCUCUCAUACAUAUUGGUUGUUCAUACUUUCCUUCUGUAUCACCGGUCGUCCCAUUGGCCCUGCCCCCCCUCCCGCCCCUUCUUGCCCACCCACGCAUUUUUUUAUAUUUUGAUACAAUCUUUGACUACGUAUAUUGCCCCAGUUAUUCAGAGUUAGUCAAAGCUUUCUAAACUGAUUCUAGUAGGCAUCAUUAUAAACUUAGCAGCAGUCUUGUAAAUGUGAUGAGAAUUUUUUGGUUUCUUUUUUUUUUUUUUUCCUGUGAACAUUACGCAUUAUACACAUCUGUCCUAUGUUGCCUUUAUUUGCUGAUAUUUUUUUAUUUCAAAUUGAGGAAAGAUUGCUUGUUAAUAUAAUUUUACAAUAACUUAA